AUGACAACGUUGUCGUCGAGCCUCGCUCUCGAGGGCCACGCACUGCCGCAGCCUGUCGCUCAGCACGGUGCAUCUACUGCGCUCGGCCGCCCUCUCGCACAGCCAGAACGAGGCGACGUCGAGCCCGAUACCCGGACGGCACUCUGCCACGACCAGCCGACGACUCGACCCGUCCUGAACGACCUCGCCGACUCGCUCGCCUCGACCACCCUCACCGACUCUUCCCCGCCCCUUCCACCUCUCCCUCCGGCCUCGUCCUCGUACCCUCUCCUCCCUGACAUCCCGGGCUCUUCAAGUGCACGAGCGUCCUCAAGCGCACCGCCCCACGCCGACGCCGAGGUCGAGGCGCUUGUCGACCCGCCCGAGCAGGCCGCUCGUUCCGGCGCGCGCAAGAGCUCGCUCACGCCGAGCGAGGAGGCCCUCAUCCUCCCCGGCGUGCAGCCCAGCGCGACGUCGACGGCACGGCGCCGUCCCUCGGUCGACGCGCAGAGCGUCGCGAGCGGGACGUCGGGCAGGUCGGCUCAGUCGGGAGGACACAGUUUCGCGACCGCCAAGAACUACUUCCCGCUCGUCCAGAAGCGCUCGGCGGCGGGUCCUUCGACGACGAGCUCGGCGGCAACGACGACGGCGAGCGCGGCGACGGCCGACCCGUGGGGCGCGCCGGCGUCGCCUGGAGCCGCUCGGGCCUCUCCUGCCGGCUCGCCUGCGUCCGAGACGCCUCCUCCCAUGCGGCAGGCCCGCAGGAGGCCGUCGGGCUCGUCGUCGCUCGCGUCGUCGACACGACCGGCGUCCGUCUUCCCGACCAUCAAGCCGAGCCGCUCGGCGGGCUCGAGCGUCUUCCCGCUUCGCUCCCCUCCUUCAUCCUCCUCGACAACCGCCGCCGCCCCCGCCGCCGACUCUCCCUCGGCCCGCAGCUCGGACGCAGGCUCUCUGCGUUCCGACUCUCUCGUCGGCGCACCCGCCUCGCCACCGCCCUCGCUCCUCGCCCGCCCAACACCCUCCCCAGCCCACAGCGGCACCUCGCCCUCGCUCUUCUCGCGCCCGUCCUCGUCCGUCUACACGCCCUCGCUCGCGCCCUCACGCCGCUCAACCGAGACGAGCAGCACGUCGCUCGGCCGCGGCGUGGCGCUCGCCAAGCCGUCGUACGCCAAGUCGCGCGCGCCGUCGCACGCCGAGGCGUUUUACGCGAGCGCGCCCGAGCCGCUCCCGGGCCCGCCGAGCAUCUUUCUCAACCCGACACCGCAGCCGAGGUCGGUCAAGGAGCUGCUGCCCAACCCCAAGCGGCGCCUCUCGGCUUUCUUUGGCGGCGGCGGCGGCGGUGGGAGCAGCGGCAAGGCCCGAGCGCCGGGGGACGCAGCAGCAGCAGCCUCGUCGUCGUCGGGCCGCGCCAAGUCAGCCUCGAUCCUCGACGCCGCGCUCGCCUCGUCGGCGACCUGGGCCGCCCACCGCGGCGAGCAGUGGCGCGCGCCGGCCCACUCGGCGGCGGCCUUCCCCUCGGGCGCGAGCGCGAGUGGGCCGCCGGUCGGGUACCGCCCGGCGCACCAGGUGCGGCGGCAGCAGGAGGAAGCGGCUGCGCGGCUUGCUGCGGCGAGGGCGAGCGAGGCAGCAGGUGCAGGAGCAGGAACGGGAGAGGGAGCGGCGAGCCCGGGUGGGCCAACGAUGGGCGGCGGCGGCGAGGUGCCCGUCUCGGGCGAGGCCAUCGCCGAGGCCUUCACGCGCAACCAGGGGCGCGGGGCGCUUGGGCCCAACGGCGCGAGAGCAGGAGAAGGAGCGGGAGAAGGAGCGGGAGGACGAGGAGGAGGAGCGGGGCUCGAGCGCACCCGGUCGGGCGCCAGCAUGGCGUCCGUCGCAGGGAUCGACGAGCCAGCUGGAAGGGCGUUCCCGGUGAGGAGGGAGGCGUUCCCGACGAGGGCGAGGCCGCAAGGAGGGGCGGCCGGCGCCGAGUGA